UUUUUGUGUGUGCCUUUCCAAGUGUUUUUGUUGCUGCAGCAAGAGAGCCAGGAACCGCAGACAAGAGAGCCCAAAAGAGAGGAGAUCGGGGCUUAACUCCGACUUCGGACCAGUUUCCAGUUGCGGCUAGUGACACUGACAUGACCAGCUGUCCGCCAACGAACACAGAUGCAGUCCGUUCCACAGAUGAUGCAAUUUAACCAACCAUAAUUGGGAGACUUCUCCAAAGAUGCACGACCUUUUUAAUAAAGUGCUCGCCAAGCGCGAUCUCUCCCGAGCCGGAGAUCUCUUCUCUGUGCCGGAUGCGGAUAUUGUAGACGAUAUCACGGAGGUGCUCUCUGAGAUCAGUCCCAUCAUCUCGCAUGCGGAUUAUGUGAAGAACAACAAUGACCAGAGCGUGGUGGAGAUCUGUGUGACACGGGUGCUCUCCUGUAUAAGGGAAACACGUACUGCGGAGCGUUAUUGUGCCGCUCUGGUGGAUCUGCUAAAGACCUUGCUAUGGAACCUUCAGCCAUCGGUUACCACGAAAGAAGAGCCGCCACAUGCCAAGAUAGCCGCCGACAUCAUCUCCAGCAUUUUUCUGAACUAUGACAAAAAGGAACUGAUGAAAAUUGCCUUGCCCGUUGCCGUCCAGUUCCUGCCAAAGGGUAAUCGGGAGCUAUCCCGUAACCUGGCCAGUUACCUAUCGCUGGCGGCCAUCGAUCAUGCGUUGCUGAGUCCCCACACGGAGUCUGUGAUGGAAUCCAUAUUGUCGGGAAAUUAUGGCCUGCUUCGUGUCCUCUCGCAGGUGUACGAGGUGGCCCCGGAGGCGGUGACACCGCAUGCUCCUCUCCUGAUGCCUCUUCUUCCUCAAUGUGAUCCCCAAGAGCGAAUGGCGGUGUUCCAGUUGUAUCUACUGAUUGUGCAGCAGUCGCCUGAGGUGCUGGAGUCAUGUGUGCCACAGCUGUGCGUCCUGCUAGACAGUGAAACCUCCAGCAUCACCAUGCAGAUCCUGCUAAAGUUGGCACAACACUCACUGAACCUCCUUGUCGAUCACUUCGAGCAGCUGCGCCUGGCGGCCAAGACCAACCCGGGAACGAUCCCCUUAUGCGCUCAGAUUAUGACCACAUCGGGUAUUGGUAGCAAGGAGACAGCCCAGCAGGCCCUGGACUUUGUGCUGGAGCACCUGCCCACCCAGGCACUGUUGCAGCAAGAGGCCACGCGACUCUGCUCCGCUUAUCCGGUUCUGUUCACAGACAAGGUCCGCUGUGUGCGGCAGAAGAACGCCGCUCUCAGUUCUCAACAGGAUGUGGGCAAUGCGCUGGGGAACAAGAUCUCCGGCGGAGUCACCAUCGUCAGUCUGAACAGCUCCAGUCCCAGUCCACAGCUGAAGCCAGCUCCCCUUGCCGCUCCGUCCAGCAAUACCACAAUCAUCCAGCAGGCCAGUGCAGAUGCCACGCCCAUUGCUCCGCCUGCCUCUGCUUCAGCUCCCAUUGCCACCUCAACGCCAGUGUCUACGGCCACACCACCACAGCAUGCAGGCUAUACGCGGCGGGUGAAGUUGGGUGAUUCUAGGAGCACCGGUCGCCUUCAUCCCGCCAGCAACACACACCGGAGUGUGACCCGGCUGAACGUGGCCAGCGGAUCCGUGGGAGGACUCCACAAGAGCAUGACCAGACUGAGCAACUCGCAGAUUAACCAGCAACCGGGUGGCAGCUCCAACGGCAAUGUGGUGGUGCAACCUGGAGCCACGCCCAAGACUCCAACCGCCUUCACCAAUCCGCCCGUAACGCCAGUGCCACCACUUAGUAAUAACGUGGUCAUCACUGGACAUAAUAAGCACGGAAUACCCGUGACCUCCGGCGGCGUGACUGUGACCACGUCGCCAACGAAGGUGAGGCCGCACUCCCAGGGCCCGUCGACGCUGCUCAACUCGAGCACAGUGCUGAUGAAGUACAGCACGGAUGCACUGAACCAGUCGGUGGGUUCGAUCUCCAUACCACAGACGGCGGCAGCGACUACCUCGGCUCCGGUUCAGACACAGAAUGCAGUGUCCGUGCACCAUGCAUCUCCGGCACUGCCCCAGGCCUCCAGCAAUGGCAAUGCCAAGUCGGUGAUGAAGCUGCCUGUGAAUGGGAAUAGCGAAGUAAUUGUGUCAGGACCCACAACCAAUGUGGCACCACGUCGCAGUGACAAUACCAGCCGUACCUUACUGAACGCCAACAGUGUGAUGGAUCAGCGGAUGAGCACCUUUGAGCCGUACCAGAUAAUGCGUGAUCCCGUCCAGCAGUUUUGCGAGAAGAACUUCAACUCGAUCAAGUCGUAUAUGGACGAGGUGUCGCAGCACUUGCCACCGCCGACACGUUGCAGCAUCGAGGAACGUCGAACUAAAAAGGUGGCCAAGCUGCUUGCCUGCCAGAUCCGAGGACCCCAUUGCCUGUACUCCAAGACUUGCUUUACAAUGCGAACGCGCAAUCCCAAGACCUGGAUACAUAUGAUGUUCCUGGACUUUCAAGUGCGGCAUUUUGUCAAGGAAAAGUGUGUGCUGAGCACACGUGAAUCCGGUAUUAGCAAUCUCAAGAAUAUCUGGCAGAUACUCAAGUGCGAGAAUCGCAGCUUCACCGAGCUGGUCACCAGCCAGUUUCCGCAGGUCAAGGACCGCGAAAUCCUGGUAAACGAGCUGCGUCACUCGGGCUUCCUGGACGUGUUCGAGGUCUCCAAGACUGACAAGUCCAAUCCGAACUGCAAUGAGUUGGAGUUCCAGUGGGGCUGCUUCCUGUGCAACCAUCCAGACAAGGCAGUGGGUUUCCUCAAUGGCAGCAAUCAGCCCAUGAUCGAGGGCCAGCUGAAGGAGAAGAAGGGCAAGUGGCGACUCUUCCGGCGCUGGCGAACGCGCUACUUCACACUAUCCGGGGCCCAUCUGUCCUGCAAGGGAUCUAGCGGCGGCGAGAGCAUUGAUGUGAACCAGAUACGAUCGGUGAAGGUGUCACGUGGCGCCCGAAACAUACCCAAGGCAUUUGAGAUCUUCACCGCCGACCAGACCCUAAUACUCAAGCCCAAGGAUGGAAAGAAUGCCGAGGAGUGGGUGCAGUGCCUCAGCAUUGUGGUGGCUCACUCGCAGGCCCGUGACAAUCCCACGGCCAAGACGAAUAGCUUGCCGGCCCGCAGUAUGGGCAGCAGCAAGCCCUCUUUUUAGGAUUAGGAUCCUGCGGGAUCCACCUCCCCCAAUUGUGAGAUUAUUUGUAAAUGUAAAGACAGAGCAACGGCAACACACAAAAGACAAGCAAAAAACAGACAAAGGAGCGGCGUUGACAGGACUUUGCUGUCUAUAUAUACACACCAUAUAUAUAUAAAUAAUAU